AUAACGCCAUCUAUCGCCGAAUAGUCGAACGAACGAGGAUCUAGUGGCAACUAGAACGCUCGAGAAUUACAACGCCAUCUAUUGUCAGAUAGCGGAAACACAAUACUCGACUUGUGUGGAAUACUCUCGAUAAUUCUAAGGAUGUGGUAUCGGCUAUAAAAUUGUUGCAGAGAUGACACGUAGUCAGUCUGUCAUCGUAACUACUCGAAGUGAAACAGCGAACAGUAGCCCUAGCACGAAUAACUUGCGAAAAUGUAUUCGUAACGUUAUCGAAUUAUAUUUGUAUGAGAUUUGUACAGCGCCCCUAUCGUACGUAAAAGGAACUAAUUUUGGUAGCACGAACAAAUUUCGUAUCGUAAUCGUAUCGUCACGUAAACGAUACUUGAACCUUAUAAACAAUGAAACGCUAUAAUUGCGAGCACGAACACUGUUUUGACGUACGGUAAUGUAAAUUUCGAAGGCUGGGUAUCGAGUAUUGUCGAAACUUUAUUCACUUAAGAUUUGUUGGUGAGAAAGGUUUCGUAACGUGUUUAAAUAUAAUUUUAUCCAUGUUUUUAUUUUUUAAGUAAUUUUUUAUAAAUACAUAAUAGUGUUUUCUUAUCACUUUAGUUAGUUCUUAUAUACAAUUAAUUUUAAUAAAUUGCUCAACAUGCAAAGACCACCGUUGUACGAGCGUAGUCCUUUAUAUUAUUUUGUUGCUGCAAGUUUACUUGAAAAUGAAGAAUAUUCAUCAAGAGAAGUUAGAGAAAUUACACGCAGAGUUGCUUUGAGAAAGAAAAAUAAUCCUGUGGACAUAAAUGACGCGGAAUUCAAAAAUAGAUACCGGUUGAAUAAAGAAUCAUUCAAGUUUCUUUGUAAUGAACUUAAGCAAAAAACAUCUUUAAAAGCAAGUUCCAGGAUAAGUUUGGAACUUAAGGUUCUUUGCGCGCUAUCUUUUUAUGCCACUGGAUCUUACCAACGCUUAGUGGGAAUGGCUAAAUAUUUGGGCCAAACGACUGUAAGCAAAUGUGUGAAGGAAGUAACAGAUGCUCUUGUAACUCCUGCAAUUUUAAAUACUUUCAUAAAAUUUCCUUAUGCCAGAGCUGAUAGAGAUGUAAUAAGAAACAAAUUUUUUGCAAAGUGUGGUUUCCCAGGAGUUAUAGGAUGCAUUGAUGGAUGUCAUUUCCAUAUUUUCACACCCAAAAAAGAAGUCGAACAUUUGUAUUAUAGUAGAAAGCAUUUCCAUUCAUUAAAUGUGCAAAUGAUUUGUGAUAGUGAUUGUCGUAUUUUAAACGUAAAUGCGAAAUACGGAGGAGCCACCCACGACGCUUUUAUUUGGGAAAAUAGCGUGGUCAACAAUUAUAUGCAGAGCUUACAUCGAAAUAACGAGCAAGUGUGGUUGUUAGGUGAUUCUGGUUAUCCACAGCGACCCUGGUUAAUGACACCAAUUUUAGAUGCUGUUGAGGGAACUCCAGCUUAUAAAUAUACAGCAGUUCAUGGAAGGACCAGGGUAGCUAUUGAAAAUACUUUUGGGCGACUAAAAAACCGAUGGCGUUGUUUGUGUAAGGAUCGCACAUUACACUAUGCUCCAGUAAAAUGUGCAAAAAUCAUAACAGCAUGCUGUGUAUUGCACAACUUAGCCAUUGAGUUCAACAUACCUGAACCAGAACCAGCAGAGAUUGAAAACCCCAAUUUGACUAUGACAAUAUCUGAACAUAUUUUUCAAGAGAAUACUACAGGAGAUGGGUUAAUUAGGGGUAGAGCUAUAAGAAGUAUUUUAGUGGAUAAAAUUAAUAGACUUCAUACAUAAUUUUACUUUUGUUUAUUCAUUUUGUAAAAAUAUAGUAAUUGGUAAUUAUAAUUAAGUAAUUGGUAAAAUAAAAUAAAAUAAAAUAAUUAAGUAAUUGGUAAAAAAAUAUAGUAAUUAAGCUUAA